AUUUUUCACAGCAAUUCAGGUUGUUUAUCAUCAAACCUGGACUGAUUUGACAGGGAAAAAAAUUUUGAUGUAAAUGUAAUCUUCAGUGGGAAUCAAAGAUGAGUGAAUAAGUGAAGAAUUGAGAUAUUUAUUUCCUGAUAACAGUUCCAGUACCAGCCGUGGUGCCUUCCGGUUCGCAAUUAAAGUCUAAAUGUGUUUACGAUUAUUUCUACGAGCAAAAGCUAACACCAAGAGGAAAUAUAAAAAAAACAUAACAAUAAAAUAGGAAAGAGUUCUCAUUAUAAAUCAAUAAUAACACCAUUGAGUAACUAAACGUUCAACUAUUCCAAUAAUGAUAUGUUUUAAGGCUAAGGAAGUCCAUCUUUUCUCAUCAAAUAACUCCAUCAAGUCUAUCUAUCCUUUUCUCCAUAACUUUAUGGUUGACUUGCGCCAAGAGCAGGACCAGCACAGGAUGUAAAUGAUGACAAUUGCCAGUAAUAACAGUUGUAUUGGAUUUGAUCAUAUGGUGUGAGGGCUAAUUACGGUUUUGCAUCAUCGCAAAUAUAAUUAUGGUGGUGUUGGUGAUCAAUAAAAUGCGUUCGAGGACUUUCUGCGAGAGUGCAAGAAAAAAAAGAGCCUUUUUACGCGGGCGGCUAAUAAAAGUAAACAAUUGUGCGUCGUCGUGAAGGCGCGCGCAGGGUUGCCCAAUUGUCUACUAUGGUCGUUAUGGCGCUCACAGGUCAGUGAGACGAAAUUUAGUGUUCCAGAAAGCCUCUCUGGAGGCUCCAGUAACACCUCCGGGUGGCAAAUAUAUCAAAGUUGACAUGAAAACAAAUAAUGAAUGAAAAAUUGACUGUAAAGUCCUGAUAAUGUUACACUUGAUUUACAAAACUUUUUAUUGGUUUAUUUAUUUUUUUAUUAAUAAAUAAGUGGUGAAAAGAAUGGGAUAAAUUGAACUAGAUAUGUGUCAGGACUUUGAGGAGGAUGAUUUGGAUGUAAUUAGAAUAAUCAACGUCUUCCAGCAGGACGUCUGGCAAUAUUCCAUUGAUCCUUGGAAUCAAUGCUGGGAUAUUGGAAUUUUUAUUUAUAAAAAUGGUGAAAAAUAUUGUUACUAAUGUGUGGACAUGGUUAAAGAGAUUUGUAGUGAAUGAUUAUUUAAAAAAAAAGACUUGAAAGAAAAUGAUAAUAAUUUUAGGAGUGAUUUCAAAAAUCAUUAAGGAUUAUUGAUGAAAUUUUUAUGAUAUAUAUUUCAAUGAAUUAUUACUUAAAUAUGAAUAAAUAAAUUUUUAUUUAUUUAAACAAUCGAUAUUUGUGUGAAGAUCAUUCAAGUGGAGUAUGAAAAAACGCAAUAAAAAAUAAAAUAUUACAAUAAAUAUACGCGAAGAAAAAAAAUUUUUUAAAUCAAAAUAUUAAUAAUAUUGAUAAAAAAUGGUGGAUCUAGGGGGAUAUAUUAUUAUUCUCAUGAACGAUAAUGGCAAGAUAAAGUUGUAUGGAUCAUCUGCUGACAAUGCCGAUUAUCCAGAAGUUGGAGAUGAGAUACUGGAAGUCAAUGGACGUACGUUGGAGAAUGCAACUGAUUCUGAAGUCAGCCAACACAUUCAUCAGUGCAUUAAAUCUGGAACCAUAAGUCUCCAAGUGACACGUAGGAGUGGAAACAAGAUGAAAGAAUUGGACGGGCCAAAUGCAGAUAGAAUACGAGAUGCUUGGGUCAUAGCUCUUGAGAGAGGAGCAAGGGAGAGACUUCAAAAACUGCCGGCACUCAAGAAAAUACAACCGAGGGAUAUUCAAGCUAUUUUACAUCAACAGAUCAAUGAAAGUUCUCUAGCAUCCACGAGCAAGUCUGAAACACCAAAGAAAGACAUUACCAAUGGCCAUAUUACCGUCACUCUUGAUAGUAGUCCUCAAGCAAAUCGGAACAAUCUCCCUCCAAAGUUGAGCAAUGGAACCGUCCCAAAGGGGGUAGCAAUCGAGGAAACGGAUGUGAAAGACCGGAAAGUAGUUAACGAGAAGCAACGUAAUCAUCUUGAAGAACAAAAAUUACUGCAUCCAAGUCAGAAUAACAGACUGAAUGAGAGACGUACCAGCAGUCCAUUUCAAAAUGGUCGAACGGAGGUGCUGAUUGGAGAGCCUGAGGGAGGUCCAAGAUCACCACGAGGUUCAACAUCGUCAGCUGUUAACGAGAACUUUCUCAGCGCUCCACGAGAAGUCGACAAUCCGGAACCAAUUUGCAGGUCUAGAAGGCGCAGCGGAAGUGGCGUGGCGGAUAUUCACCUGCAGCAAUCACAGCUGCAGGAGAACAAUAACGGAGAAUCCCGAGAAUUCAAGGAUUCGCGAGAGUCCGUGGUUCCGAAUGAAAUGUGGGUGCCGGGGGUGACCCCGGGUCACCAUCGGGAGCUUCCUGUGGACGUACCCGAUACUCUGCUUCAGCAGGCAUACGCCAAUAAGGUAAUAAAUGACUCGUCCAGUCACCGUUACGAGACUGCACGUCGCAAUCGUAGUGCUAGUCACCUCGAUUUAUCACCACCGCUAUCCGAAUAUCGCCAAUUAUCCUUAAACAUUAAAAACGAGUCAUCUAACUUAAAAUCACGUGCUUACGAUCACGAAAAACACGAUUCCAUAACCCGAACAGCAGCCAUUAAACAGCAGCAUCCGAAAGUUGAUCGCGAUGAUAAAUUAACAAAAUUAACAAGAAUAAUCGAAAUCACGGUGCAAAAUAAUAACAAAGUUGAUGAGAAUGAUCUAGAGAAGCAACAGAUACAGACUAAAGAGCUACUUGGUGAGAGCUCCGAUGACGAGGUGGACUCAAGCUCACCAGAAGUCAAAGAGUCCAAUGUUGAUGUUGAGGAUGAUUAUCCAUUUGCCAAGGAAGACUAUCCAACCAUGUUGAAGACAUGUAGUGAUGAUUCAGCGAGUCCUAGAAGUUCAUCAGGAAGGUCUGACAGCACUACAGCUUUAGAUGCCAGUCUGAUAAUGCCUGGUAAGGAAUCUCCAUUAUAUGAUGCGACAAGAAUUGAUUUGGGAUCUCCAUGUCGUCCUAUGCCAGAUAUCAGUCCUUUAUUCGGUGUCACUCGUGAGACAACAUCUUUUGACAACCCUGCUUAUGGUCUAGAUCUACAUGAUCUCCAUCAAGGUUUGUUGAUUCGAUCAGAUGAAAUUCAAGAUCUCCGGCUUAUUGGAGAUGUAGGAAAAAACAGCCGUAAAAAUACUCGGUCUCAUGAUUCUCUGACGAUAUCACCAGCUUCUCCGUGGUCUGAGGAACCUCACCAUGUGAUUCGAGUUGGAAAACCGGAGAAUGUUAAUAAGUCAGCGAAGAAAAAGGAAGCUGGAAAAAAUCGAGAUCUUGAAGUUGAUUUAAUUGGCGCUAAGUCAACAGAUGAUCUUUUAGCUGCUGAUCUCACGACUUAUGUGUCCCGAACGACGAGAUCAAGCAAGAAAAAGAGGAAAAAUCAACAAACAUCAAGUGGAUAUUCAACUCUACGAAGUGAUUCAUCUGAUCUUCAUUCGAACCGAUCAUUCCUCGUUGUCGGUAGCAAUCACUCAUACAGAGAAGUAGCUGUUGAUUGUCCACCUGACUUUGUUCCGGUAACUAAAAGUCAUCCUAUUUAUCCACCACCGAAUAAAAAUGAUAAACGUACGCCAGUUGAAACUGACUAUGUUGGACAUAAAGAGGAACGAAAGGAAACAAUAAAAGUAAUCAAUGAAGACGAUGCUAAGAAUGGCAUCGAUAAUGCUCCUGAUAAUUGUGGAACCUUAAAGGUAAGGUCUAAAGUCAAGAGUCUGCUUCAGCACUCGGGAAAAUCGCUUUCAAACACCAGUCCUAUCUCUAGUAUCAUUUCUAACUCUCUUAGCCCUCUAAGUCCUAAAAAACUAAACCGCACAAUUUUUUCACGCUCAUCAUUGCCUUAUGUCCUUCAGAAAGACUAUAAGAUGUCUGAACCAUGCAUUGGCUUAUCUUUCCAAAGAAUCUAUAGCUUUCGAGAUGAAACCAAUCAGAAUUCGAAAAACUUAUUGAAAGCUUUCGAUGAUGAUAAUAAUAAUAGUGAUGAUGAUGAUAAUGAGUAUGAAAAGGAUAUUAUUUAUCUUGAUAACAAAGAGAACUCUGCACUCUAUCAUGCUUAUGAAUCAAUAUCUCCUUCUACUUCCUAUACCUCUUCCUUUAACUCAUGUUCAUUGAGGAGCCACAAUUCAGCACAAGAUACCACUGCUUCUUUAACGCUUAAUCACCAACACACUACUGACAACACUCGGGAUCUUGUUGAUAAUCACAGUAAUGGACUUGAAGGAGACGACUGUCAGGGCAAUCUGAAUGGCAUCAAGCCAGCAAUACCACCAAGAGAUCAAAAACGUGCUCCCGCGAGACCUCCCAAAGAUAACGUCCGGCUUUCAGCGAGAAAUAAUAACGUUGAGCUCAAUGACAAUACUAAUACGACAAUCGAAUCUCAAGUGGUUCAACAGCCAACACCUCAGCAGCUUAACUCUAUCAAAAAGUACCAGGAGCAGUUAAGGCAGAGGAAGGAUCAUGAAGAGAGACAAGAGUAUCUUAAUCAAUCAUUAAGAGGCUCACGGAAACUUCAUGCUCUUGAAAGCCAUGCGAUAAAUCUUUCGGGCCAAGAAAAUCCUGCAUACUCUCAAGAUGAAGCUACUCCUACGCCUCCAACGAGUAAAAAAGGUCAGACGGCGUCGGGACAGGCGUCGCCACGAAAAGAAGAAGAGACGCCAGUUAAAGUUCUUUCUUAUGGCGAUGUCGUAGCGACUCUGGAAAGACUUCAACUACAAUUGAAAAAUCUAACUGGUGCCUUGGGAAUAAGUGGACCAGGUGUCGAAGCAGAAUUGGAAGCGGUUCGGACUCUUUUAUUGCAGCGACGGUUUGCCACAGCUCUUACCACGUACAAUUUAGUCAAGACCAAGCUGCGGUCAGGAAAAUUACCAAAACAUUAUGAUGAUGAUGCGUCGAAUUUAGCUCGAGAUUGUGUGGAGGUGCUUGAGGAUUGGCAGAGGACGAAUGUUAAAUCAGGAGAGACUUUGGCCAUGGUUGAGGAGCUAACUGGAAUAUUAACGAGUUAUGAAGUAGAAGGUCUUUUGCUUGCCCAUGACUCCAUUAUUUCGUACGUUGAUGGCAUACAGAGGAAAGAAGGACCUUCAUCAUCAUCGCCAAGUGAAUCUCCAAGUCUAAGCUCUAGUUUUCGAGAUUCUAAGAAUACUGAUAAUAUCAAAAUCAUUAGAAUUGAAAAGACUAAUGAACCACUUGGUGCUACAGUUAGAAAUGAAGGCGAUGCGGUCAUAAUUGGCCGAGUAGUGCGUGGCGGUGCUGCAGAAAAGUCGGGACUAUUUAACGAAGGCGACGAAGUCCUUGAAGUCAAUGGCGUAGAAAUGCGAGGAAAGAGUGUCAAUGAGGUCUGUGACAUUCUGGCUGGAAUGCAGGGCAGUUUAACAUUUUUAGUUCUACCUGCAUCAUCUAAUAACCGUGGAAACAACGAAACGAGGCGUGAAGAAAACAAUCAGAUUCAUCAUGUUAGAGCACACUUUGAUUAUGAUCCUGAAGAAGAUCCUUACAUUCCAUGUCGAGAGCUGGGAAUAAGCUUCCAGAAGGGUGACGUUCUACACGUAAUAUCGCAAGACGAUUCAAAUUGGUGGCAGGCUUAUAGAGAAGGAGAAGAGGACCAAACUCUUGCUGGUUUGAUUCCUAGCAAAGCCUUUCAGCAUCAACGAGAAUCAAUGAAACAAACAAUCACUGGAAGCAAAUCAUCAUUAAGAGGAUCAAAGAAAUCGAGUACGUUAUUGUGCACGCGCAAGAACCCGAAGAAGAAAAAGAAGAGAAGUAAAUUUGGACCGAAUUUAAAUGAAGACUAUCCUCAUUAUUCUACAACGACAAUUGAUGAUUAUGAUAGCGAGGAAGUGCUCACCUACGAAGAAGUAGCACUCUAUUAUCCUCGAGCAAGUCAUAAACGGCCCAUUGUUCUCAUUGGCCCUCCGAACAUUGGAAGGCAUGAGCUACGGCAGCGGCUGAUGCAGGACAGCGAACGAUUUGCUGCUGCUAUUCCUCACACCAGUAGACCUAGAAAAGGGUCUGAAGUUGACGGUCAAGACUAUCACUUUAUAUCGCGCUCGCAAUUUGAAUCAGACAUUUUGUGUCGCAAGUUUGUAGAGCAUGGCGAGUACGAGAAGGCUUAUUACGGUACAUCAAUAGAAGCAAUACGUACAGUUGUAAAUUCGGGUAAAAUAUGUGUAUUAAACCUACACCCUCAAAGCUUAAAAAUCCUUCGAAGCUCAGAUCUGAAGCCCUACGUUGUUUUCGUGGCACCACCAAGCCUAGAGAAGCUGCGACAGAGGAGGAUAAAAAGCAACGAAAGCUUUAAAGAAGAGGAGCUUAAAGAUAUAAUCGAGAAGGCACGUGAGAUGGAGGAUAAAUACGGACACUUGUUCGACAUGAUCAUAAUAAAUAAUGACACCGAUCGUGCUUAUAAUCAAUUGUUAACAGAAAUAAAUUCAUUAGAAAGAGAACCACAGUGGGUUCCAAUAUCAUGGAUUCAGUGAUAUACAAUUAAUGAUAAUGAUAACAAUUAUUCGGAUGAUUUAAAUGAAUUUAUCGAAACCAAAAUGGAUAAAAAUGAUAAAUACAACAACUAAAUGAUAUUAAUUAAUAAAAAUAAAUUCGUUAAUCUUUAAUUACUGAUUUAUAAGCGAUUAUAAAGCAACUACAGAACUAUGCCAGUGUUAAUUUUUUUGUUUAUCUUUAUUUUUUCAUAUUCUUAUGUUGGAAAAUUUUAUCGUAAAUAAUCAAAGAAAUUUUUAAUAUUGUUCUAAAGACAAUUUACGUGCCAAUAAAUGGGUUUAUUGACCUGCUAAGUACGUAUGUGAGUGUAGAAAAUGAUUGAAAAAAUAAUGAAAUUCUAGAAAUUCACUUUAGUGAGUAAAUGUAUUCAUUUUAGCGAUCGAUUAAUCACUCAAUUAGUUCGAUCAACAAGCUAAAGGAUUUUUUUUUGUAUAAAUUUUGAAAUUUAUUAUUGUAUUCAUUGAUAAAUAAAUUAUAUUAAUGAUAGAUUAAUAAGUAAUUAUCAAAUAGUAUUUGAUGGAUGUGUAGGAACAAAAAUUUUCAAUAAUUAUUCAUUUAAUUAUAAUUGUUAUUAAAGUAUUUUUUCAUGUUUUAUUAUAAUGGAAAAAUAUGUUCCUUGUUUAAUCAGCUGAUUAAAUUAUUGUAAAAUUAAAUAAUACCUGAAUUUGUUAAUUGUAAAUAAUUGUGCAAUUUUAAAGAGUAUUAAAAAAUAAGAAAAUGAAUAUGAGAUUAAAUCUUUCAUAUUUCUACUAAUUUUCUGCUUACUGAUUAAUCGUAUAGUUAUUUUUUAAUACUAAUUCAGUAUCAGUUAAUCAUCAUCACUGUUAAUUUUCAUCAUUACUAUGUAAAUAGUAAUAACAACUACUUCAUUAUUAUUAUUAUUAUUAAUUAUGAUAUUAAAAAAAAAAUUAUUGGUAUUUCGUACAUCUCACCAUAGACUUUAUAAUUGCAAUCGUAUAUCAAACAGUGUCUUAACUAAUCACGAUUCAUAGAUAUUAAGAGAAAAAAAAAAUUAGUCAAAUGAUGUAAUAAAGUUUUUAUCAAAUUAACACCCACAUACGUAUUUCAGUGAUUACAGUGUUUUCAUACACACUUAUAUUUUAUCGGAUGAUAAUAAAUAAUAUCUCGAAAUGCCAAAUAAUAAAUUA